GCAUGUUCCAGUAAACAAUCAGCUGAGGAGCUUCAGGAGCAUGGUUUUGAUGAUCCAGAGAGCACUCUGUUGAAAGCUGUCCUACUUCAAGUUGUGUGUCUUUAUCAAAAGGUUGUUCCACAUCUUGUGACUCAGAGUACAUUUGACUUCAGCAAACUCCUUAAAGGGAUUGUGACAGAAAAAGGCAUAGGAAAGGAAGUACCGCCAGUCCUACAGUACCAAAUAUUGCAGCUCUCCCUGGAGCUUCCUGCCAGCAAAUUUUCUUGGUUCAGGUUCCAGGAUAUAUCAGAUACAAAAGAAACUAGUGAAGAAAAGUCUGUAUUUUAUUUGCUACUUAAAAUGUUUGUGACAAACAGGAACACACACUUAAAGACGUCAACAAAGUUGCUGAUUCUUAAGGUUUUGAGAGACAGUGGUGUGUUUGAAUACACGUGGAAAGAGCUGGAACUGUGGUUGAAACAUCUUGUGCUUUUGCCAGAAUCUGAACAGGAGACAGUAAUCCUGUUUUUGGAAAGAGUUCUAAUAAGAGUAGUGUCAAACCCAUACCCGUAUACAGACAAAGCAGCAUCGCUUGUGCAAGAAGCAGCUAUGCUUCAGGCCAACUUAAGUGGACAGGAAGGCGAUGCUGUCAGUAUACCCAUCUCACACAUUGAUGAUGUUCUGGAUAUGGUAGACGUCAUUGUAGAGGGCAGUGAGGGUUUGGAUGAGGAGAUUGGGUGUACUCUCAAUGAAGAUAUGAUCCUGCAGACAUUUCCGUUCAGUGCUGUAGUUCCAGCAGCCUUGGAAGCCAGAAAUAAAUUAGCAGUGAUUUCCAACGGUGAAAUAGAUGUUGUUCUUGAGUAUGUCCUCUCAGUCCUAACCGAUAUCCUGCACACGCAACGUGAUCCUCUUCCCCUGUGCUUGACCAUUCAGCUCUAUGACAAAGAAAUUGAUUCAUCAGAGUCCAAAGCUAAAACUAUGUCUGUUGUGAAGUUCUAUCAGUACUACAGUCACUGGAUACCAGCACAAGCAAAGGAAACACUGUUUAAGGAGUCUGGGGCACCUGCUUCGUGUCUUCCUGCCCCCCAUGGUUCAUUUUCCAGCUUGUUGAAGAAUACCCAUGGCAAAGAUGCUAACUGCUUGUCGCAAGACCAGUUUAAGGAUAUUUUAGGAGAAGCUGUUUCUACACUUAAACAUAAUGAUUUACCAGUGGCAAUCAAACACGUUAUGCUCUACAUAAAAACAUGUGUAGACAACUUUAAAAAAUUUACCAAAAGUGCUGGAGUUGCUUUGCUGAGCUUCUAUAUGAACCUGCUGAGAUCACUAAUACACAGACUUGAAUAUUCAGAGGAACCCCCUGAAUCUAGUACUGCAAAUGCCCAGGAAGAACUGGAUCUCUUCAUGGACUGUGAUUCUCUUACUGUGGGACAACCUGACAAAGAAGAGGAGCUGGUAGAUAUGCUUGCAUCCAUUUUUAAGCACCCUACCCUGGACCAGUGGUUUAUGUCUAUGGAGCUGGAGACACCACCACCGCACAACCUGAACCCUGUCAGCAUCAGACUGCUUUCUUCACAGUUAAAUGCUGAAAUCCUAAGGCUACUGGAGUUGAGUGCCCCCAUGCUGCAACGCCUAGGUCACCUUGAUUUAAUAUCAAAAUACAUGAGUGCUAUAGAAAAGAGUAUUUUGAAAGAAUUGGCAGCUGAAAAGUCUGGUGGUCGAAAUAAAAGGAUCCAUGGUAAGAAGUCUCAGCCAAUGGAAGGGCUUGAGGCACUUCACCCUUAUAUGGAGGCCACUCAGCUGAAAGAAGUUGUGUCAUCCAUGCUGAUGUUACCGGAAGAGAGUUUGACUGUUGCAGACCAUGAAGACGAAACUGUGAAGAAGCUUAGCACAUACGGACUAACUUUGGUUCAGGUCUUAACUGAAAACUGUCAGCAGUCCAGUCGGAAUGAGAUCUUGUUUUUAUCAAGUGAACAGUUUAAAGGUGUGGGAAGCUUGCUACAGUCCUGUACUAGUGAAGAGUUGGAUAAAGUUAUUCUUCAUGCUUUGCAGAGAGACCCUGUCUUCGCACAGCUCAUCCAAACAGACGUGCUUAUUUACUGCCUCAAUCACAUGACUGAAACCUGUCAGUUGAUUGCAGCCUUCCUGAUCCAGCACUGUAGAAUUCAUAUGUUACAGUUUGAGAUGUGGUGCAUGAACCCUGGAUGCAAGAAGCUUCUCAGUAACAAUUUGGAGGCCUUUCUUUCACUCAUCAAUGUGUAUCUGAAAUAUGGAAGCCAAGAAGACAUCACAAGGCCAAAAUAUGUACGCACCCUGGUAAUAACAGUACUCAAAGAAGCCUUGUUGAAGAAACUAGUCAACAGUGUGCUGUCUGAUGCUGCUGCCAAUGGACUGGCACUGCAGCUGGAAGUCCUCUGUAGUCUGAUCCAGUUUUCAGGCUCCAUGCAAGAUUUAGCUGAUGUCAUCAGUCAGUUACCCACGCUCUUAGAGAAAACCAAAAACUACAAAAGGUGGCAGUUAGUCGACAGUGUUUCCAAGAGACUUGACACCUAUCAGGAAGACCAGUCUAUCUGGAAGAAAUCCUUGCUGACUGCCUCUGCCAAGUGGCUGAUUAAUUCUUACUCCAGCAGAAAAAAGCAAGAGGAAGAAAUGAAAGAGGAGGAGAAAAACAUGCUUCUCAGGCUUCAGGAAUUAGUGCUUUCUUUUGGUGAAGUUACUGCAGGGGACUGGAAUAAUUUUGUGAAGUCAGGUCUUAAGUACCGCUACAGCGAUCCAGCUUUUCUGGAAGUGCUUAACAGUCUGUUGACCCUGCUGUAUAAAUCUGAUGACACUCCGAAAGAUUUAUUGCCCUUACCCAUGAUACAUAUGAUGAUAAUGAACCAUUCCUUGUUUCUGCCAACUAUGUUGAAGACUGUAGAAGAGCAGGAUGUGAAUCCUCAAUCAAAAGAUGCAUUGGUGGAUGUAUUGCUUACACUGGUAAAGAGCUGUGCUUCUGUUUGUGAAAGUAGCCAUUUUGCUGUUCUUUUGGGGGCUUAUGGAGCAACUUUAAGUACCACAGAUCAGAAAUUGUUACUGCUUCUUCAGGAGUAUGAAAGAAACAAUGUCAGCCUGGCUGAAUUUAGACUGCUAUUGUGGGGGCCAGCGGCAGUGGAACAUCACAAGGCCAGGAAGAGUUUGGGGAAGUCCCUCUGGCAGCAGCCCAGCACAGAGGAGAUCCUGGCCUUGUUCAACAGGGAAAAAAUGCUUCACACUAUACUGCAUUUUCCUCAGCACCGACGCAUCAUUCCUGAGGAAGGGAAAGAGAUGCUCUUUAAGGAUGACCGUAUCAAGGACCUGGACGCUCUGUAUGACCCCUGUUUCUUGUUGACACUCUUUAGUGCACUGAUCAAACCAGAGUCAGUGGUAGAUUGUUACAAGUUUGUGGAGAUGAAUGCUUUGGGAGUGACUGUAGCAGCUCUUAGCAGUUAUGAUCCUAAAGUAAGAGCGGCAGCUUAUCAAGUCCUGGGAUCUUUCUACCUUCACCUAGAGGGUGCUCGCUUUAGAGAGAAAAGACAGUUGCUCUAUCUGAUGGACGCAGUGAAGAACGGUAUUAGACAACAAAAUCUUAGGUUAACGUUCUCACUGGCAGUGUACAUUGCCAAAGUUGCCCAGCAAAUGCUGAAACCAGAGGAACACAUGUAUCAGAUAGUCAACAAAUUUCUUCUCUCCCAUCAAUAUUUGGAUCUGAAAAAAGUCCCUGGAUUCUUUAAGCUCUUUUACAGUUUUGAUUUGGAGCACAAAAUAGAGCGUAACUGGGUUCUUGCUCUGCUGACUGAAGGAUUAAAAGACAGGGAUUGCUAUGAGCUGUAUAAUCAUCAGAGAAUUUUCCACGUCCUCUUAGCAUUCUUCAAUAGCCCUCUCUGUGAUGAGUCUGCUCAGAAUCAAAUAUUGAACGUCUUGCAACAAGCUGCCCAUGUGACCAAGGCUGCAUAUGAGCUUAUUCGAGAUCACAGCCUGUUAACCUGGGUGUUGCAAAUCCUGGAGAAGAGGAUUAUAGAAAACAAGUUACUUUCAAGCAUUAUUUCUCUGGUGCACAACCUCUGGAAUACAAACUUAGGAGAUAAAGAGAAUGAUGAUUCUGAUGAGUCUUUACUUGAGAAGAAAACCCACAGGACAGCUAAGUUCCUACCUCUGCCAUUGAUAAAUGAAUUUCUGGGUGUGCUCACUGUUCUUAUCAGACAUAUUUGGACAAACAUUGAAUUUCAGACGUUGGCUCAGCUUUUGAAAACAUUGAGUUCAGUGCUGAAGCAUCGCACAGCCGCUCUUGAUGCCUACAAAGAAACUGGAAGAAUUGUCCUUAAGGAAAGGACUCUGUCAGGCACAGAGGUGCUCAUGCUUUUGCAUAAGUGGAGUUUAGUGUCCAAUGAUGUUCAUCUACUGCAACCAUUGCUAACUGUGGCCAAAAAAUACAAAGUGAAGGACUUGCUGAAGACUGUAAAGGAAAGAAGUCGCAGCAGAGGCUCCUUUUUACACAGUCGCAGGAAUGUUGAAGACCUAGCUGAAGAGGAAGCAACAGGAGAGCUGCAGAAGUCCUCCUUGGAAAUAUGUGAACAAUUCCUGAGAACCGCUUUCAUUCAUUGGGAACCAGUCAUCCAUUCUGUUUGCCUUUCAAGUGAUGGUUCAGGACAGAUGUCUGACCUGCCUGUGAAGGAAAACAAUACCAGCAACCUAGCCUGUGCUACUGCUUACCUAGUAGUUAAAUGGGAGCUGAACUCUAUUGUUGGCUGCCAGCUGAAUUCAAACCAUUUAUUGUUGUUUCUGAAGUGGUUUCAAAAAAACAUUUUGCCACACAGUUCAGUUGUUGAAGAAAUUCAUAGAGACAGUUCCAUGAGGCUUAACUUCCUGAAACUUUACCACAGAGCCGCAGAACUUGCGGAGACGUACAGCAUGGACUUGGACGUCUUUCAUGCGUUUAGCUGUGUAAUGAUUCAGUUGCUAGAAGCCCAGAGUUCAGCUAAAACAAGACUCCAUGAAACUAUCAAGAUGGUAUGCUUACCUAGUGUUAAUGAGGAAGAUAACACAAGGAGAGCUGCAGGAUUAUUCUUGCUUUCGUUCUACAUCCAUGAUGCAUGGUCUGGGGCAGUGGAACAUGAAAUGUUCCUGACCUAUAUCAAACUGGUAACUGAGGCUUCUGAAAAACGAGGGAAGACAGCAAAGACUCCCAAAGGAAAGAAAUCCAAGAAGGGAGACGAAGCAGUUGUGUCUGUUGUAAAGAGAUUUCUUCAUUUUAAGGCACUCUAAACCACAUUAAGUUGUUGUGAAGCCUGCAUACUUUACUUUUUAUUCAACCUGGGUAGAAUUAAACAUCCAAUAUUGUUUCUUUUUUAUUAUUACAAAAAUCAUAGAUGAUGUUUAUCAUAGAGUACGGACACCAACAUUUUAAAGUUUAUACUAAAAGUGCUAUGCAAUUCCUACUAAUAUUUUACAUUACUGUAAUACAUGAAACCAUAUUUUCAUAAACUAGGUUAAUUGCAUACAUGUAAAAUAAAUAAAUAAGCAUACUUAAUUAAAUGGUAAAAUCUAGACGACUUGUAUCAUACUAUAAUUGGGCCGGGGCUGCUGUUAGAGUUGUAGUAGUUACCUCUGAUACCUUUAUUUGUCUAAGAGCUUUACAUUUCAGUGCUAAUCAGCUCAGUGCUGUGGUUCUUGUGGACGGCGUCAUGUUCACAUGUGACUUAUAGAACUUGUGGAGAAGGCUGGUGGUUUACCUCCUGGUUUACAGAUAAACAUUGUUUCCAUGAAAACGUCCUUGUACUCCGAUUCCUAAACGGAAAAGAAAUGCCUUUCUGCUGUGAUAGUCUGGUAUAAUUGUUUAGGUAUGUUUUUCACCAAUUCUUUGUUGUAUGCCAAUACAUGAGCAAGAUUUUGGGGCUGUUUUUGUUUUCUGUUAAAUAUAAUUAUGUCUAAUAGCAGAUGUUAUCUUCAGAUUUUGUUUUCAAGUUUUUCAUUGAAGUCUUAGUUGAAGUUCCCAAAUUGCUUAAACGGUUUUUGUAUAUGGUUAUACUGGAUGCAUUGCUUUUAAAUUGCCAGUAUAACAACAAAUGGUAAUAUGAAAUACAUUUAUUUUUAUAUACUUUGAAUCAAAACUGGCUGCACAGAGGGUGUUUUUUUAUUUUUUAUUAAUUGAUUAUGAAAAUAUGUAAUAAUACAAUCAUGAUCAUUCAUCAAUUGUUGCAGCACUACUCUGGAGCAUGGAAGCCAGUGAUAGCUUUGCCAGUAAACUGCAGUAUUUGGACACAGUAAAUUUGUACAGCACAAUGUACUGUAGCAAGCAUGUCUGAGCUAUAAUACACAAUGGUAUCUAUUAAUAACAUGAGCUACAUGUGCUGUGAUCCCCUCCUGGAGAUAAUAAUGUAAAACCAUUUUUGAAUGAUACCCACAUAGAAUAUAUCGGGCACAUAGUGUGGGUUCUGGUUGUUUUCAUUGAAACGGAAAUCAUUAGUAAAAGCUCUGACAAACUUUUGUUGUAAGUGUAAUCAUCAUAAUCAAGGCUGAACAAAGGUUUUUACAGCAGACUUUGUAAAUCGAUAUUCUCUGUUAAACAUAUGAGUAUCAAGUUUGUUUUGUUUAGCUGACUUGAUCUUGAACUGCCCUGUCUCAACACUGAAUGAAGAUCUACAUCUACACUAAGGUUACAACAAAUAACACAUACCAUCAAUGUGCCAUGUUAGCGUUUGUUUACACUGUGCCCAGUGUUUGUAAAAGUCUAUGGUUAAGAUGAACUAAACAAGGCAAUGUUGGGAUAGUUUCACAGUAUGCAGCAUUAUUUCAUGUUUAGCUUGAAUUUACUCAAUUUAGCAAAUAGACUUUUAAUAAAACAUUUUGUCAAAGUGUUGUCUACUUUGUUUCUUCUGGUGAGGGGAGCUUGUAUGACUUUGCAGAUCCACUGCAGUGGCUUCUAAAGCUGCUAAAUUCCCAUAAGCCAAUUUGGAUUGCAACUUUAUACAGUAGUUUUUGUAUAACGUUGCAAACUUUAAAAUAACUUUCUGGGUAAAAUCUAUUGACACCCAUCACUUUGACCUGUGAACUAAGAUCACUGCCAUGUUGGGGUCAUGUGACUUUCGAAAUGCUAAGUAUCAUUGUUUAAGACAAAACAACACUUUAGUGCCAAUUAUUUUUUAAGUUCCUUUAUAACUGGUAACAGUAUUCUAUUUCAGUGCAGUGACUUUUAUUGUGCCGAUUAACAAUUGACAUCAUGAAGAUGCUGCAAAAUGAUCUGUCGAUCUUGGGCAGGUGUUGUGACUCUUA